CGUCAGUACUCAGCGCUCCCGAUCUAGCAAUGACGUUUAAGUUACUCAUCAUUGCCGCCCUUGUGGUAAUGACUGUCGGCCGCCCAGAAUUCGCCAGCCCAUCCUACUCCGCCCACGCUCCCCCAGAGGAUCCCGUCCGCUACGACUUCAGUUACGGUGUGAACGAUGCUUAUUCAGGAACCCCGCACGGACACGAAGAAACGCGGGAUGGCGAGUUCACGAAGGGCAUCUACUACGUGCAGCUUCCUGACGGUCGCCUGCAGCAGAUCACCUACACUGUUGACGGGGACUCUGGCUUCCUGGCUGAGUUGAAGCACUAAGGAUUUUUGCGCAGGGAUUUGCCUCUUUAUUGUUUACAUUGCAAUGGCUGUGGUUUAAUGGAUAUGUAUUGU